ACAAGUUCGUGAUUAAUUAUGGGAUUUCGCAAAGUAUGAGACUGUUUAUCCAGAAAUUACAACUUUUAAUUAUGCUAAUCCUUGCUUACUAAUUGAUAUAGCGAUAUCACUUUAUUUAUAAGACAUCAAUUUAGUUUAAUAUAUAUCCAGAUAGCGAGGGUGGACUCUAAACAGUUAGAAUGAUACUACGAACACUGGCUUACAGAUAUGUGUUUUCGAGAUUUCAAACAUUUUGGAUAUUACAGAUCAUCAUAAUCGCAAUAGCUACAACUGCCGUUGCUCAAGAACCAUGUGCAGAAAAUAAACAAUAUCCUUUAGAUUCUCCUUGUGAAAUUCCAUCAGACUGCCCCAACGCAUACAAGUGUAAAGAUGGCGUUUGCUGUAUGUACCCCUUGCCUUGUGAUGCACCUCUUAGAAAUGAUGACAAUAGCAUUGCUGAAUGCAAAAUGGAAAAGAACAGACCAUGUCCAAAGGGAUAUAUUUGUAACGCCGAUGAAAAGGGUAGAUUUACAGUGUGCUGCCCAGAAAAGGACAAGUCUGCUUCCUCUAAAGUCACGACGUGUACAUACAAUGGAAAAACAUACAACGAAGGAGAUGUCUUCAAAAUGGAAGACAAAUGUAACAAGUGUAAAUGUAAACCUAAAGGAAAACUAAGCUGCUCAGACAAGAAGUCCUGUAAGAAGUGUAAAGUAAAAGGAAAGGUUUUCAAAAAAGGAGAGAAAUACAUGGAUGAGUGUGACGAAUGCACUUGCAUCUCUCCUAAACUACAAACCUGCGAGAAAAGGGAAUGUAAGCCUAGUAAAUAUUGCGACUUCAACGGCAAAUUGUAUCAGGAGGGGGAUGAGUUCGAAGCCGAAGACAAAUGUAACAAGUGUACCUGUUCUGAUGGGGAAGUGGAAUGUGGGGAUAAGAAUAUAUGCAAGAAAUGUAAAAUUGAUGGAAAAGUCUACAAAAGAGGUGAUACGUAUAUGGUGGAAUGUAACGAGUGCAAGUGCAUAUCACCCAAGGUACAGACUUGCGAGAAGAAAGAUUGUACAGCUACAAAUAUCUCAACUGUAACAACUAUCUCAACACCUGUAACAACUAUAUCAACGCCUGUAACAACUAUAUCAACACCUGUAACAACUAUAUCAACACCUGUAACAACUAUCUCAGGGCCUGUAACAACUAUCUCAACACCUGUAACAACUACGACUUCGACUACGACCACAACUACCACCACACCUCAAACAACUACCACUGGAAGACCAACAACAACAGCCCCUCCUAGGAAACUACUCAGUACGUGUGGGAAAUCAAGCGCAUUAAGUAGUAAAAGGAAAAAGAGGAUAGUGAAUGGGACGGAAAUAAUACGAGAUGCUCAUCCGUGGAUGGCACUUGUCAUGGAGACGAGAGCUACACGACCACCUCAGACAGUUUACUGUGGUGGAGCACUGAUUCAUCCCAGUUGGGUUAUAACCAGCAAAGCUUGUGUUUCUGAAUGGAAAGUCCAUUUAGAAUCACGAUUGUUUGGAGGUGGACAAACCUUUCUUCAUUCGAUUGGCAUCAGACUUGGAAGAUAUAACUUGUCACUGCGAGCAGAACCUGAUGACUUUGUCGCGACACCACUGAAAGUAUUCUUCCAUCCAAAUAAAACAUAUGAUGACAUCUUGUACUGGCCGAUAUACAACAUAGCCUUGAUUAAGAUUAAGCCAGUUCCAUUAUCACAUAAAAUACAACCUGCUUGUAUUUCGGAUAUCGACCUUGAGCCAAAGUCGAUGAGAUAUUCAAACAAGCGAUGUUUCUUCGCGGGUUGGGGAACAAAAGGGCCUACUGAUAGAUAUGUAAUGCUACAAUCACCAAUGGAACUCGAGUCCAAGGCAUCCUGUGUGGAUUAUGUGUCGGAGGUUGAGCCUGAUUUAGCUCAUCUAGCUGGGGAAGAUGUUCAUUUAUGCGCCAAGGCCACCGAUGAUUCCGAACCAGCCGAGGAUGAUGGGGGAGGACCCCUUGUAUGUGAAAUAGAUGGCGCCUGGCAUCUCCAAGGGAUUGGCAGUUGGAACCCAAUACCAUCUGACGGGAGGGCGAUUGUGACGAGAAUAUUCAAAAUAUUUGACUGGAUUAAAUUCGUCAUAGAAAAUCAUUAGAACGGGGUGUCGGGUUUCUCAUUAUAUGAUGAUUUGAAAUAAAAUGUUAUUGAAAA